CAUUGAUUCCCUCAACGCGGGUUCGCGUUCUUCUUCUCUUUCCUCCUCCUCCUCGGCGCGAUCCUUCCGCCGCUCGGCUAAUCCGCGGCAGGUGAAGGCGCAGGCAGAGCGAGGAUAAGGCGGAGGCGCGGCCGCUGCGCUCCCUUCCCUCAGGAGGCCCCCGUCGGUGUCCUUCCGCUCGCGCGAGCUGUUUCCGGAUCGCUCGCGGGGGCUGCUGCUUCUGCUGCUGCUUCUCCUCAGCGUCUCUCUUCAUUCUCUCUCUCUCUCUCUCACGGCCUGCCCCGCCAUUACGAGCAGCCCUCGCCGGCUCCUCCGCUUCGCCGCCCCUGCGUUUCCUGAGGAAAGGCCAGCGCCCCAUCCCCGGCGUCGGGCUGGAGCCCCCAAACCCCAACAACGCGUCCGCCGCCAUGGCUCAAAUCCUACCCAUCCGCUUCCAGGAGCAUCUCCAGCUCCAGAACCUGGGUAUCAACCCAGCCAACAUCGGCUUCAGUACUUUGACCAUGGAAUCUGACAAAUUCAUCUGCAUACGAGAGAAAGUGGGAGAGCAGGCUCAGGUGGUCAUCAUUGAUAUGAACGACCCGAACAAUCCCAUUCGCCGGCCAAUUUCAGCCGACAGCGCCAUCAUGAACCCUGCUAGCAAAGUGAUUGCCCUCAAAGCCGGGAAGACCCUUCAGAUUUUUAACAUUGAGAUGAAGAGCAAAAUGAAGGCUCACACCAUGACGGAUGAUGUCACCUUUUGGAAGUGGAUUUCCCUGAACACGGUUGCACUGGUCACCGACAACGCUGUGUACCACUGGAGCAUGGAAGGAGAGUCUCAGCCGGUCAAAAUGUUCGAUCGUCAUUCCAGUCUUGCGGGUUGCCAGAUUAUCAAUUACCGUACCGAUGCCAAGCAGAAAUGGCUGCUUCUGACUGGAAUUUCUGCACAGCAAAACCGUGUCGUCGGAGCCAUGCAACUUUAUUCUGUGGAUAGGAAAGUGUCGCAGCCCAUCGAAGGCCACGCUGCCAGUUUUGCCCAAUUCAAGAUGGAAGGCAACACGGAAGAAUCCACUCUGUUCUGCUUCGCAGUGCGGGGCCAAGCCGGAGGCAAGUUGCAUAUUAUUGAGGUUGGGGCACCUCCCACCGGAAACCAGCCCUUCCCUAAGAAAGCCGUGGACGUCUUCUUCCCACCGGAAGCCCAGAACGACUUCCCAGUAGCAAUGCAGAUUAGCGAGAAGCACGAUGUCGUCUUCCUGAUCACAAAAUACGGUUACAUCCAUCUGUACGACCUUGAAACAGGCACCUGCAUCUACAUGAACAGAAUCAGUGGGGAAACGAUCUUUGUGACUGCGCCACACGAAGCCACAGCUGGAAUCAUUGGGGUCAACAGGAAAGGACAGGUGCUUUCAGUAUGUGUGGAGGAAGAGAACAUUAUCCCGUACAUCACCAAUGUGCUGCAGAAUCCAGACCUGGCUCUGCGAAUGGCCGUCCGUAACAAUCUUGCCGGGGCCGAAGAGCUCUUUGCCCGAAAAUUCAACGCCCUUUUCGCCCAAGGAAGCUACUCGGAAGCAGCCAAAGUAGCAGCAAAUGCCCCGAAGGGAAUAUUGCGCACUCCAGACACUAUUCGCCGGUUCCAGAGUGUCCCAGCGCAACCAGGACAAACUUCCCCUCUGCUUCAAUAUUUUGGAAUUCUGUUAGAUCAAGGGCAGCUGAACAAAUACGAGUCCCUGGAACUCUGCCGGCCAGUCCUCCAGCAAGGACGGAAGCAGCUCCUGGAGAAAUGGUUGAAAGAAGAUAAAUUGGAAUGCUCUGAAGAAUUGGGAGACCUUGUGAAGUCUGUGGACCCAACAUUGGCGCUGAGUGUCUACCUACGGGCUAACGUUCCCAAUAAAGUCAUUCAAUGUUUUGCUGAAACAGGACAAGUUCAGAAGAUCGUGCUGUAUGCCAAGAAGGUUGGUUACACUCCAGACUGGAUCUUCCUCCUGAGAAACGUAAUGCGGAUCAGCCCGGACCAAGGACAGCAGUUUGCCCAGAUGUUGGUGCAGGAUGAAGAACCUCUGGCAGAUAUUACCCAAAUAGUAGAUGUGUUUAUGGAAUACAACCUGAUCCAGCAGUGUACAGCUUUUCUCUUGGAUGCCCUGAAAAACAACCGUCCAUCCGAAGGGCCUUUGCAAACUCGUUUGCUUGAAAUGAAUCUCAUGCAUGCACCUCAGGUCGCCGAUGCCAUCUUGGGGAAUCAGAUGUUCACCCAUUACGACCGAGCCCACAUCGCUCAACUCUGCGAGAAAGCCGGUCUCCUCCAAAGGGCGCUGGAACACUUCACUGACUUGUACGACAUCAAGCGAGCCGUAGUUCACACCCAUCUUCUCAACCCUGAGUGGCUGGUGAACUACUUUGGCUCCCUUUCUGUGGAAGAUUCUUUGGAAUGUUUGCGGGCGAUGCUGUCGGCAAACAUCCGCCAGAACUUGCAGAUCUGCGUCCAGGUGGCUUCCAAGUACCACGAGCAGCUUUCAACUCAGUCGCUCAUUGAGCUCUUUGAGUCAUUCAAAAGUUUUGAAGGUCUCUUCUACUUCCUGGGCUCUAUUGUUAACUUCAGUCAAGACCCGGACGUGCAUUUCAAAUACAUCCAAGCUGCUUGUAAGACCGGCCAAAUUAAAGAGGUGGAAAGAAUUUGCAGGGAGAGCAACUGCUAUGAUCCAGAACGCGUGAAGAACUUUCUCAAGGAAGCCAAGUUGACAGACCAGCUCCCGCUGAUCAUUGUUUGCGACCGCUUUGAUUUUGUCCACGACCUUGUCCUGUAUCUGUAUAGGAACAACCUUCAGAAAUAUAUUGAAAUCUAUGUGCAAAAGGUGAACCCGAGCCGACUGCCGGUGGUCAUUGGCGGCCUGUUGGACGUGGACUGCUCUGAAGACGUCAUCAAGAACUUGAUCCUGGUGGUGCGAGGUCAGUUCUCCACUGAUGAACUUGUCGCUGAAGUGGAAAAAAGGAACAGGUUGAAACUCCUCCUCCCGUGGCUAGAGGCCAGAAUUCACGAGGGUUGUGAAGAACCAGCUACACACAAUGCUCUGGCUAAAAUUUACAUCGAUAGCAACAAUAACCCGGAAAGGUUUUUGCGAGAGAACCCUUAUUACGACAGCCGUGUGGUGGGGAAGUACUGUGAGAAGAGAGACCCUCAUCUGGCUUGCGUGGCUUACGAGCGAGGACAGUGUGACCAGGAGCUGAUCAACGUCUGCAACGAGAAUUCACUCUUCAAGAGCCUGUCCCGUUACCUGGUGCGCCGUAAGGAUCCAGAACUGUGGGCCAGCGUGCUGUUAGAAAGCAACCCUUACCGGCGGCCUCUCAUUGACCAGGUUGUGCAGACAGCUCUGUCCGAGACUCAGGAUCCCGAAGAGGUCUCUGUUACCGUCAAGGCUUUCAUGACCGCUGACCUCCCGAAUGAACUUAUUGAACUGCUGGAGAAAAUCGUCCUGGAUAAUUCCGUGUUCAGCGAACACAGGAAUCUCCAGAACCUUCUCAUUCUGACAGCCAUCAAGGCCGAUCGCACCCGGGUCAUGGAAUACAUCAAUCGCCUGGAUAACUAUGAUGCCCCUGACAUUGCCAACAUCGCCAUCAGCAACGAGCUUUUUGAAGAAGCCUUUGCCAUCUUUCGGAAAUUUGAUGUUAACACUUCUGCCGUCCAGGUUUUGAUCGAGCACAUCGGGAACCUGGACCGGGCCUAUGAGUUUGCUGAACGUUGCAAUGAGCCGGCGGUGUGGAGCCAGCUUGCCAAAGCCCAACUCCAGAAAGGGAUGGUGAAGGAAGCCAUCGACUCCUACAUCAAAGCAGACGAUCCGUCGUCCUACAUGGAAGUCGUCCAGGCGGCCAACGCAAGCGGCAACUGGGAAGAGCUGGUGAAGUACUUGCAGAUGGCCCGCCGAAAGGCCCGGGAAUCCUACGUGGAGACGGAGCUCAUCUUUGCACUGGCCAAAACAAACCGCCUGGCUGAACUGGAAGAAUUCAUCAAUGGGCCCAACAACGCCCAUAUUCAGCAAGUUGGUGACCGUUGCUAUGAGGAGAAGAUGUACGACGCGGCCAAACUUCUGUACAACAACGUCUCCAAUUUUGGCCGCUUGGCCUCCACGUUGGUUCAUUUGGGUGAAUACCAGGCAGCGGUUGAUGGGGCCCGGAAGGCGAACAGCACAAGAACGUGGAAGGAGGUUUGCUUUGCCUGCGUCGAUGGGAAGGAAUUCCGCUUGGCCCAGAUGUGCGGUUUGCAUAUCGUCGUGCACGCCGAUGAACUGGAAGAACUCAUUAAUUACUACCAGGACCGCGGCUACUUUGAGGAGUUGAUAACCAUGUUGGAAGCGGCUUUGGGGCUGGAACGGGCCCAUAUGGGGAUGUUCACCGAACUGGCCAUCCUCUAUUCCAAAUUCAAGCCACAGAAGAUGAGGGAGCAUUUGGAGCUCUUCUGGUCACGGGUCAACAUUCCUAAGGUUUUGAGGGCCGCUGAGCAAGCCCACCUCUGGGGAGAGUUGGUUUUCCUGUACGAUAAAUACGAAGAAUACGAUAAUGCUAUUAUUACCAUGAUGAGCCAUCCCACAGAUGCCUGGAAGGAAGGGCAGUUCAAGGACAUCAUCACUAAGGUGGCAAAUGUGGAGCUUUACUACAAAGCAAUUCAGUUUUACCUAGAAUUUAAACCUCUGCUACUCAACGACUUACUGAUGGUGCUUUCACCGCGGCUGGAUCAUACCCGUGCAGUCAAUUUCUUUAGUAAGGUGAAACAACUUCCGCUGGUGAAGCCCUACCUGCGCUCGGUGCAGAACCACAAUAAUAAAUCAGUGAAUGAGUCCCUCAACAACCUCUUCAUUACGGAAGAAGAUUACCAGGCUCUUCGGACAUCGAUAGACGCCUACGACAACUUCGACAACAUCUCCCUCGCCCAGCGCCUGGAGAAACACGAGCUGAUUGAGUUCCGGAGAAUCGCCGCCUAUCUCUUCAAAGGGAACAACCGCUGGAAGCAAAGCGUGGAACUCUGCAAAAAAGACCGACUGUACAAGGACGCCAUGCAAUACGCCUCAGAGUCCAAAGACACGGAGCUGGCGGAGGAGCUGCUGCAGUGGUUCCUUCAGGAAGGCAAGCAAGAAUGUUUUGGCGCCUGUCUCUUCACUUGCUACGAUCUUCUGCGGCCGGACGUGGUCUUGGAAACCGCCUGGAGACACAACAUCAUGGACUUUGCCAUGCCCUACUUCAUUCAGGUCAUGAAGGAAUACUUGAGCAAGGUGGACAAGCUGGAUGCCUCAGAAUCGCUGAGGAAAGAGGAAGAGCAGGCGACGGAGACCCAGCCCAUUGUUUACGGCCAGCCCCAGCUGAUGUUGACGGCCGGUCCCAGCGUGGCGGUCCCUCCUCAAGCACCUUUCGGUUACGGCUACACCGCACCACCGUACGGGCAGCCCCAACCCGGGUUUGGAUACAGCAUGUAAGGAAGCCAGCGUGGAGCCAGCAUCCUUUUGUGGAACCUCCACCGUCCCUCUCACGCCCGACUCCGCAGGGAAAGAAAAAAAAAAACAAACCUCGUGUCCUCGUAACAUUUUAUUUUAUGAAGGACUGUGUUUUUCUGUUUGUUCCUCCUCUCUCCUUCCUUCCUGCCCCCCCUUCCCUAAAUGCCACCUCUUCCUUUCUUCACAUUCCACAUCUUCCACCCCACCCCCCUCUGGUGGGAAUACUUUUAAAUGUUCCAGCAGGCUUCUCCCCACCCACCCGCCCUUAUUUUUUUGCAAGAUUGCUUCUGACGUGAACAACCACCUACCCACCCCCGUUCUCUUGUGACUCUCUCUUCCCAUUUGCACUCUUGGAAAAGCGGUCUGACCUCUUUCGGUCCAGGGGUCCCCGAGCGGUUUAUAAGCCUGGCCCAUUUCUCCCCCAAAAUGCACGUUUAAAAAGGCAUAUUCUGAAAAAAAGGGGGCUAGGGGUGAUGAAAGGAAGGUUUAUUUAGCGGUGGAUUUGAAACACUACAAGAUAAAAUUUUGGAUGGCUUGGCUCUUGAAAUCAGUCACAUUUAAAAUAGAGAGAGAGAGAGAGAAAGCUCGCAGAUAACAUACCGAAAACCUGUCCUGAAUUUUAAAAAAAAAAACCAACAACGACCAACCUAGUAGAGGCUCCAUUUAAACCUAUGCAGGUUUUCCAGUUUAGAUGUACAGAAAAUGCCAGUGUUUUGCUCACUCCGUGUGUAAUCCCAACGAUCCUUCCGUUGUGCUAGUGCGCUUUUUUUUAUUAUUCUUUUUUUGUGGGGACCAUUUUAUAUUCCACUUGAGGAACAAGACGCAGGAGGGGGGAGGGCACCAUAAAUCCAAAUCUUGCGUGUUUCUGACUAACCUCGCCCUCCAGUUUGUGUACGUUGGAUAUUGUGGUGUUCCCACUUCCCCCUCUCCCCCUCCCUCCCCCGAGUGUACAGAAGAGAGAGAGAGAGAGAGAGAAAGAAAGAGAGCGAGAGAGAGAAAGAAAGAAUUGAAAGGGGCAUUUGGGAAGCCCCAAUGGCUGUUCAGUUUUGCUUGUGCAAUUGAAAAAAAAAAUGACUCAAAUUGGAAAAAAAAAAGAUAAUAAAUGACUGGACUGUGGAUAUCCUCUAUAGUAGUUUUUCAGUAUGUAUCUCUUCAAACUCCUUUAUAAUGUAUGCGCUUGGCCUCAAAACAGCAAAACAAACAAACUACCACUAUAUAUAUUCAGGUCCAAAAGCAGGAACCAGCAACUUAGCAAAUUUUUUUCCAAAUUCUCUUGACUGUGGAGUGGAUCUUGGACAGGUGACUUGCACUGACGGAGAUUCCUUGAGAUGAAUGGGAAAUGCUUGGAGCUAUAAACAAGGAAAAAUUGAUGGCACUUUUUCAAGCCCUCGGCUGGGCUUGAGCCGCUGAAGGCAUUCUCCUUCCCAAGUAAGAAAACAAAACAAAACAAAAAAAUCUUUAGGGUUGUAGUUUUGAGUGUUUCCAGUUUUAAAUCUGACAAAAGAUCAUGUUAUAGGUAUGUUAAGUUGCCUUAAUAUAUUUAGCUUCGAAAUAAAAAUUGACUUAAAUGUUCAA